AUGUCCAUCGGCGCUGAUGAGGGGCAGCCUGUCCUCGCGGUGCGGCAGUUCCGCCUCCGCGACGGUCAAGACACUGAUAGCAGCGACAGCGAGGAUGGAGUAGGCUGGCCAGCCUCGAGGUGGCGAGGUGGCGCGAGUGCAGCUGCGACGGCGGGGUCCCGUCUUGCGGAUGUGUCGCAGAGGCCCUCAUCGUUGACCGCUACCGUGGCCCCUUCCGCAUUACAUCCUCCAAGGGCAGGCUCCUCGAGCUCGUUGGAACUGUUCACAUCCUCGUCGAGGUCCUCGUCGCCAGCUCGCUCUGCACUCCCCCCAGACUUCCGGAAGCCAAUGGCCGCCGCCGCCAUCACCACCACGCAAAAGGGCGUGCUGAGUGAGAAGAUGAGUAGGAGCACCACCAGCAGCGGCAGCAACACCCGCCCACCGAGACACGACAUGGACAGUCGUAAGCACGGCGACAGCGACACCGCGCAGACCAGACAGUAUGUGCAGAGCGCUGGUUCACCUGUGAGAGCAUUGUGUACCUCGACGGCUACGUGUUCGACAAUGGAGGAGGAAAGGCAGACCAUGCCAGGCGAAACCAUUGCUGGCUAUGCUGCUGUGGUGGUAGCGGUUGCCUCUGCACCAUCACCGACUGCCUCCAACACACCAGCACUUUGCUCGGAUGCGGUGCAGCCACGAUCGGCCGCAACGGGUUUCUUCGAACGGAUAGAAGCGUCACCCCCUAAAGCCGUUGAUGACGCCGGCUUUACCACUUCCUUCACCUCUUUCUCGGCUGGCGCUGCAGCCGGAAAGUCGCAAGCCGCGGUAUCCACCACCGCCAUGGCUGCGCUGCGUGGUCCAGCCUCACCUUCCGCAACUGCACCAUCCCUUCCAGGCACAACCAGCAUGAGGUCUACCAUAAUAGAUGCUACCCCCACCGUCGCAGCCGCCGUUGUUCCAGUUUAUACAGGUGGUCCUAGUGAAGUGAGACAAGAGCCUCUCCAGACGAAGGUUGGCGUCGUGGUGUCACCGAUGAGGUUCCCUAAGGUGCCUCUGGCGGCCUCGAGCUCGUCGUCUUCCUCGGAUGAUGCUGCUACCCUACUGGCACCCGUUCGGGUUGCCAGGUCGGCCAGCGCCGGGUACCGUACCGGAGACGUGGACACUGCCAUACCGGGUCAAUCCAUACGCAAGCUCACAGUGCCUUUGACCACCGCUGCGGUGGCGGACACAUCAACAUCUUCCGCGUCUCCACAGCAGCCUCCACCGUUUACCACGCAGUCGUUCGUUGCUGCCGCUGCUAGACAAACUGUGACUCCAACGGAAGUCUCCACUGCAGCGCCUCAUGACGGAAGCAGCGCUUCAGGCAGUGGCUGUCCUGUGCUGUCCGGCCCGGGCGGUGUCAUGUACAAUCGUGUGAGCGCCCAGGGUCGCGGCUUCGUGCCGUCCAGCGUCCUCGAAGCUCCAUCACGACCCAGGUGGCACACUCUCCAGAGCGAACACACGACAUCACGCUCCUUUCUCGCUACAGUGGUACAGCCAGUGGUUAUCCCAGCAGCGCCUUCCUCACCCCCUGGUUCCACUCUCUCGACUCAAGCUGCUUGCGCAGCGGAGCCAUUGUCAGCGGCGGCGCAUGCGAGUUCGUUCUCCACGUCUCCACCUUCUGUGAACCUGCCUGCUCGCCCGCAGCGGCAAGCACCCCGCCUGCCGGGAGCGAUUCGCACCUCUGCUGUCCUCUCACUCAUUGAAGAUGAUGAUGCGGAGCGACAAUGUAGCUCUUUUUCGGCUACGAGUGCCCUAUUAAGGGAGCGAAGCAGGGUAGAUACAGGGCAACCGAAGACCGUGGAUGUGCAGCGCCGAGGCCCUCCGUCGUCACCAUCCGCGUCACCACCUUUGCCACCGCCACUAGCGACUUCCUUGUCGCCCGUCCAGCGUGCUGUUUCUUCUGUGGAUCGCGCAGCGUCGCCUCUCGUGUCUCGGUCUGCCGCUCUGACUGCCGCUCAGCGACAAUGGGAAGCGGCAUUGGUCAUCUAUGAUGAUCGCGUGCCUCCUGCAAAGCGGCGAGCGAAGAACCAGGCGCUGGCCGUGACUGGCAAAACAGCUGCGCUCGCUUUUGCAGACCCUGUGUCAGCUUAUCUGCUGCGCGGACUACGGAAGGUCGCCUCGCAGGAGGGGAAAAGGGAAAACUUGCUGACAUGUCGUCCCGUGUUGCGCAUUGGUGGUGGUGCUGCAAUGCGCAGGAAUUAUACCAGUGGUUUUUCUGAAAAGCACCCGCUCGAUGGUAGAGUCGUCAACGAUGACGACGAUUAUGAAGCUGCGGACGACAGUGACGGCGCCACUCGCGGUAGCCGUGACAACCACACUGCAUUGUACGGCUCCACCGAUCUACUCACUGGGCAUCGCCAAUAUCCUGGGUGGAGCUCAGCUGAUGACCGGUCAGCGAGGGUGACGAGAUAUUCCACGAGCAACCACACCGUGCAGCACCUCUUUAGCGAGGCUCGGCGGCAGCAGCGCAAGGUGGAUGUCGACUUCUCGAUGUCUGGCACUGGUAACGGUGGUUCGAUGUCAUGCGUAAUGAUGCAUCUCGAAAGGCAAGGCGCACAGACGGCGAGAGUCCUCAAAGCCACGCACAGCGACGUUAGUAGCGGAGCACUGCCGCCCGCAACGCUCCCAACCACUGCGGCAUCGAGAACGACCGCGGUGUCGCCUCGCACCGAUGAGGCGGUGAGCGUCGACCUGCUCAACUACCGUCACUCUCGCAGAAAGCAGUAG